CCAACCACUCUCUCUCUAAAAACUGGGUCUUUUUCUUGGUUUUGUUUUGUUGAGAAAGGCAUGAAAGUGGUAUGGAGGUGGACGAGAUUCAAAUGCAGGGAUGUAACAAGAUGAGUCGGCAAAAAGGGAAUGAGCUAUACCUAGAUGAUGAAGAAGAUGGAGAGGUCAAACGGAUGAGGGGAGCAAUUGGCGGCGGAAGCGCUGGCCUUGGCCGUGGGUCGCCGACAUCGCAGAUUGUUAGGGUUUCUCGGUCAUCGGGAGGGAAAGAUCGGCACAGCAAGGUUUGGACCUCCAAAGGGCUUCGGGACCGUCGAAUCCAUCUCUCAGUUCCCACGGCAAUACAGUUUUAUGAUCUUCAAGAUCGUCUCGGUUAUGAUAAGCCCAGCAAGGCCGUGGAUUGGCUACUGAGUGCGGCUGCUAGAUCCACUGAUGAGCUACCUUCAAUUAACACUUCGUUUCUGGACACUCCGAGGCAAAUGAAUGAUAUAAAGAAGAUUGAUUUAGCUGAUGCAGAAUUAGAUGGUGGUGAGCAAAAUUUUCAGCAGCUACAACAUAUUUCUUUAUCGACAUCGCAGAUUGUUAGGGUUUCUCGGGCAUCGGGAGAUUCGGGAGGGAAAGAUCGGCACAGCAAGGUUUUGACCUCCAAAGGGCCUCGGGACCGUCGAGUCCGUCUCUCAGUUCACACGGCAAUAAAACUUUAUGAUCUUCAAGAUUGUCUCGGUUAUGAUCGGCCCAGCAAGGCAGUGGGAUGGCUACUGAGUGCUGCUGCUAGUUCCAUUGAUGAGCUACCUCCAAUUAACACUUCGUUUCUGGACACUCCGAAGCAAUUCAAUGAUAUAAAGAUGAUAGAUUUAGCUGAUGCAGAAUUAGAUGCUGGUGAGCAAAAUUAUCAGCAACAACAACAUAUUUCUUUACCGAAUUCGGCUUGUAGUAUCACUUCAGAGACUAGCAAAGGCUCAUCUUUGUCCCUUGCUCGAUCUGAAAAUCGCAUAAAAGCUCCAGAGCGAGCAAGAGAGAGGGCGGAGAAGGAGGAAAGUGAGUCUCAAAUUUCUUGUGUCAUCAAUCAUCCCAUUUCUCAGACCUCUUUCACUGAACUUCUCACCGGUGGCAUAGGCAGUAUUGGUAACAACAAUACGAGUCCCAGUGGAUCAGCUUAACAAAACCAUCGUGGUGCCGAGCGGCAAUUUGGGCAUUAAAACUAAAUUUUUUAAUUUAUCAGUACAACUCGACUCAAAGAUGGUUUAUAGUCUAUAGUCAAACAUAAUCGUUGAGAGGUAAUUUGGAUA